AUGGCCCUUUCCAGCUCUCCCGACUGCGCCCCACGCCAGCGGGAUGUCACUCCCUCGUCCUCUGUGAUGCCUCACCCUCAUUUAUUCUCCCAGCGUCACGGGUCGCGUCCCGGCCCGUUCCGCCCAGCAAAAAGUUCACCCUCAUUAUACCAUGGUCUAUUAAUCCUAAUGCUCAUUCUUUGUUUCUCGCCGAUUUCCACGCUGGCAAUCGAAACUGUGGUGACAUCAGAUCUGUCGACCAAGGACCCGCGAUCGGCUUCGGGCCCUAGUGUGGAGAUCGUCCACGACGAUCUCAGGGAGCGAUCCUCGGACACACAGCCUCGCGCAGAGAAUCGCAGUCCUAGCGCUGGAUCUGCUAGCAGCAAUUCAAUCGAUGAAUCGUUACUCGCUCGACGAGCCACUAGCUCCAGUUCAGACUCAUCCGACGAUUUGCCCACCGCUUUUGACACACUCUCCAACAACUUCGCCAACGCCAGCUGCGUCGCGUUCUUUGAAGAUUUCAGAGCCAACGCCACGGUGACCAACUGCCAUGCGGUCUCGCUACUCCUGGAAAAUUCGAACUCGUUCUUCCAUAUUCUAAGCAACUCCUCAGCCACCUCCCAUGUAUUGGAUGUGGCCUGCUCACAAUCUGUCGCCAAGUGCGCCAGUAUCAUGACCACGCUAGCCAAGGAGAUGCUGGACGAUGACAACUGCGGGCAGGACUAUGACUCGAAUAAUUCAGUGGUACAGGGCACGUAUCAGGACCUGAUGGCGUACGAGCCCAUAUACCUCGCGAGCUGCUUGACCAAUCCCGACACUGACGAUUACUGCUUUGUCGAUGCGGUAACCAAUACAACUGCCCCAGAUGACUAUAACGUUUACUUUAUUCCGAUUGGCAGUACUUUGACCUCGGGGAAACUCACUUGCAACACAUGCCUCAAGCAGACUAUGAAGAUCUUUUCUGAGUGGGCCUCAGUCGAUGAUCAGUCUCUUGAUACUACCUAUAUUCCCUCCGCGAAAGUGGUCAAUCAGUUAUGUGGCGCCAACUUUGCCACUACGAAUGUUACCGUCGGCUCUGAUGCUGUGACAUCUGGUGCCAAACAGACAACACCGGUCUUGACCAUCCUCUUUCCAGCCGCGUUCUUAGGACUCGCCUUUGGAGCAGCAGGGAUGGGUGUACUGUAA